GGAGUACCGCAGCACCGACCAUGGCUGGCGGCGCGCUCCGCUGGCUGCUGCCGCUGCUAUGGGCGACGGCGGGCCUGCGCGGCUCGGCGGCCUCCUCCGCCGCGUCGACGCCGCCCGCCGGUCUGCUGGCCCGCACCAUGGGCCUGCUCGGCUGGGGCCCAUCGGCAGGGGUGGACCGGCCGGCAGCCGACAACGCCACCGAAAUCGUGGAACGCUUCAGCACUCGUCUGCGUGUCGGCUUCGCCGAUCGGCUGAAGGCGGUAGGACUAGUUCACCAGUCCGCCAGGGAGCGGCAGCACCAUCGCACCAAGCGCAACCACCCCAUACAGCUACCGCUGACCAGAGACGAGCACGGUGUGGAGGUGCUGACUGAUGAUGGAGCUGAGCUGGUGUGGGAGAUUCCUGCUGCAGGUGCACAUCAUGUGCACAUCUUCAGUGACAAGGGCAAAACCUAUGCUCUGGCAGCCUUUGGGAGAGGGUCGAGGGUCAGCUGGCUGUAUGAGCUCAUGGACAACGCCUGGGUGCCGCGCUACAACUUUUCGUCGUUCGGCACGCUGCGGUUCACCUCUUUCAUGCGCGAUGACACGCGCUACGUGAUCGGCGCCGAGUUCGACUGCGUCAACAACCGGGCCGACAAACGCGGUCUGAUUCUGUACGAGUUCGUCGGCGGCGAGAUCCGCUAUCAGCACGGCCUGCCCGUGGCGUUCCCCACCGACGUGGCCAUCUGGAGCGACUACGACACCUUCCACAUCGGCGUGGCGACGGAGUUCGAGCGCCGGCCGGACGGGAAUAAGAACUACCAUGCCAACAGCAGCAUUUUCAAGUGGACGGACGGCAACUUUCGACAGUACUCUCUGCCCACAUACGGCGCCAAGGACUUUGAGCACUUCCAGAUGCAGAACCACUUCUUUUUGGCGGUGGCGAAUCACCAAAAUAAUGAAGGCAGUCUGAACGUGUACAGCGAGAUCCUGCGGUACAGUCUGGGCUCAGGCCAGUACCGGCCGUACCAGCGCCUGCUGACGUACGGCGCCGUGCGCUUCCGGCACUUCUCCUGGGGCGAGGGCGUGGGCGCCGAACACUUCCUUGUCGUGGCCAACCAGGCGGACCGCGAGCCGGGCGACGCGGAGGCCAACUACCGCGUCAACUCGGUCAUCUACAAGUUCUCGCGCAUGCAGUUUGUGUCAUUUCAGUGCAUCCCCACGGUCCGCGUGCGGGACAUUCUGCCUAUUUGGGGGCCGCGCGGCGGGUUCGUGCUGGCUGUGGUGGACGACGAUGGCCUUAAGUUGUACCAGUACACCGGCUGGCGGUUCGUGCUGUCGACCUUGGUGCCGCUGCCGCCGGUCGCCGACGCCGCCACUGAACUGGCCGUCUUCACGCACGAAGGCUUCGUCCACCUGGCCGUGGGCAGUCCUGGUGGGCCGAGUUACCUACCGACCAUCUACCGCCUGCUCUUCCAACGGCGCACCGACCUGCGCGACCUGCACCAGCGGUGCAUGACCUGGUGUCAGGACCUGCGCGUGCGCGUGCAGGCGGUGCGGCCGCGCGUGACCGGGCUGGGCGUACGCAUGCAGGCGGCGCCCCGGCUGGACCAGCCCGUCUCGUUCGCCUCACUGCAGCUGAGCGCCGCACCGCGCGCCCGCAUCCGCUCGGUGGCCGUCAACAAUGUACGGCUGGAAACGAACACGCUCAACUCUGGCCUUCUGGAGCGGCUCAAGUCGCUGCAGCGGCGACUGCAGGCGGGCAUAGCCUCGCUGGCCGGCCUGCACCACCAGCUGGCCGGUGCCGUCUCAAUCAACGCCAACCACACCUUCUCCAAUGGCGUGACUGUCACCGGCCCGUGGCACCUGAACAACGCCCACGUCGGCUCGCUGCGCGCCCAGCGGCUGAACGGCAUCGGGGACUUGGCCGGCUUCCUGGCCGACGUCAUCUGGACGAACCGGCCGUUCGUCGCCGGCUCAGCGAAACUGGCGUUCGGCUCGCUGGUGGUCCAGGACGGGGCCAGUCUGCACGUGGGCACGCUCAGCCACAUGAACCCGGACAGCUUCGUCACGCUGAGCGGCAACCACGUGAUCACGGCCAGCAAGGUGGUCCACGGUCACGUGACGGCGGGUGACGUCACCGUGCUGGGUCUGGUGAACGGCGUCUUGAUCGACACAUCGACGGCCAUCGUGCAGAGUCUGCUGCCGGCCGGCGCGUCCCAGUUCGGCACGGUGACAGCGACGAGCCUGGACGUGCACCUGAUCAACGGCAUCGACGUCCGGACGCUGCUGCAGCAGUCGAUGUCCGUCAGCAACGGCACGCUGUCCGGCCCGCUGCACUUCGCCGGGCCCGUGGUGAUCCAGACGGCCUCCGCGCAGACCAUCAACGGCGUCUCUGUUGACCGGCUGCUGCAGCACGCGUUCACCACCGCAGGCGGCCAGACCAUCGCCGGCGCCUGGACCGUCGGCACCCUGCACGUGGUCGGCGGACUGACUCUGCGCGGCACGCUGGGCGGGCUGCGCGUGCCCGACGACCUAGUGCUGGUGCACCGGCCGGAGCUCAGCUACCACGUCCAGAGUCUGACCUUUUCCACCGUCGCCGCGCACCAGCUGAUCGUCACCGACCGUCUGGGCCCCGUCAGGGUGGUGGACGGUCGCCUGCAGGUGCUGCUGACCUCCGGCGAUCAGCUGGUGACGGGUCAGAAGAUGAUCGGCACGCUGCACCUGACGGGGGACUCGCUGGUGGAGGGCCUGAUCAACGGCGUGAACGUGUCGGCGGCGCUGCUGAACCAGGCGCUGGACCAGGCCACCACCGUUGUCCACGGCGACAAGGUGAUCAACGGCAACGUCACCUUCCUCUCGGACCUGCAUCUGACGGGCCUGCUGAACAGCGUCAACGUCACGGCCCUGCUGGACUCGGCGCUGAAGCUGACAGACAGCACGCUGCCGCCGCUCGUGUUCCAGGACCUCGUGAUCUCCGGCGACCUGCAGACGACGCUGCUGAACGGCCAGGAGCCCGCCGACUGGGUGCUGACCGACGCCGACAGCCAGGUGGUGACGGGCAGCAAGACGCUGGUCUCGCUGUCGGCGCGCCGCCUCUUCGUGGACCUGCUGAACGGCCUGCUGCUGGACGACUUCUACCUGAGCGUGCUGCGCACCAGCGGUGACCAGCAGGUGCUGGGGCCGCUUCUGUUCGUCACGGACACGGCGUUCGGCACCCUGACGGCGGGCGCGGUGCAGUGGCAGGGGUACGACCUCAGCGAGGCCGUCACCGUCUCCGGCACGCACACCAUUGCAGGCUCCAAGAUCUACACGUCGCCGCUGCAGGUGGCCGGCCUGCACGUGACGGACCUCUGGGUGGACGGCCUGAUCGACGGCGUCAACCUGACCUCGCUCCUCUCGGCGGCCAACGUCAACGCCACAUACACGAUAGUGACCGGCUCUCAGAACUUCACCAACAAGGUGACUGUCUCCACCCUGAUCGUGUCUGGCCUCAUCAACGGCGUGAGCCUGCUGGAGCUCUUCCAAGACGUGGUCCGUGACGGCAUCGUCAACGGCGACCUCGUCUUCCAGAACAACGCCACUGUGGACGACUUAAAGUUUAUCGGCACGUUUGACGGUAUGAGCUGCGACGAGUUCGGCUCGGCCUGGCUGACGACGGCCGGCGGCCAGGCGCUGGCGGCCGGCUCCCACCUGACCGCCGGCGCCGACCUGACCGUGCUCGCCCUGCACGUGCUGCCGGACGGCUCGCUCAACGGCGUGCCUGGCGACCAGCUGUUCGCCGGGCUGAUCCGGCUCGGCGCCCCUGUCGUCAUCAACUCCAACGUCACAUUCAACCGGCUGGUGGGCGACGCGGUCGCCGUGCGCCAUCCCAGCGUCAACCUGACUGACGUCGUGCGCCAGAACCUUAGCGAGAUCCUGCUCGGCUCGAAGGUGUUCCUGGGCGGCAUGUACGCCCUGGACACGCUCACUGUCACCGGCCCGGUGAACGGGAUCCAGCUGGAUGACGUGUGUCAGCGGGUGGUCCGCACCGACACGCCCAACACCUUCGCCAGCCUCACCGUCAACGGCAACGUGACCCUCCACCGCGCGAUGAACCCGCUGUCCUGGACGCUGAACGGCCUGGACUUGAGCCGGCUGGACCGCCUGGUGUGGCUGCGUGACGCAGAUCAGACCCUGGCCGGCCACAUUUUUCUGCAGCAGCCCUUGUUCGCCAGCGUCGAGGUCCAGACGCUGCUGGCGGGCGUGCCGCCCGCGCCGGUGGACCUGCUGACCUACCUGCGGCACCAUUGGAACCUGCUCCGGCCGCAGACUGUGACCGGUGACGUCACGUUCGGCGGCGGCCUCACCGUGGACCAGCUGACGGCCAAUCAGCUGACUGUGACGGGCCGGGUCAACGGCAAGGACCUGAGCGCGCUGAUGGCCUCGGCGCUGACCGUCGCUGGUGGCACGGUCACCGGACACUGGACCCUGCCCGACCUUAUCGUCAAUGGUCCCCUGAUGUUCACCAGCCUGAACGGCAUCCCGGCCGACGCUCUGGUCAAGGACUCGGCCACCGAGCUGCGCUUCAGCUCACACCAGACUGUGUACCGGCUGACUGUCAGUGGCAACCUCAGUCUGCCGGACGGCGGCCAGGUGUUCAAUCUGGACCCCUCGAAGCACCUGCACAUCUCCAACUUCCUGCAGCGACACGGCACGUUCACGGUCUCCUCUGACGUCACGUUCGGCGCGCUGACCUUCACCCGCCCGCUGAUCGUCAACGGCACGGUCGGCGGGGUGCCGCUGCACCAGUCGUCGGUGCUGACGCUGUCCAGCGACCAGACAGUGCGCGGCCACACUUGGCUGCGGCUUGCCGGUGGGCAGUGUCUGGUCGCACCCAAUCUGGACACGCCCAGCCUGAACGGCGUCGACCUGCGCCGCCUGCUAGGCUCGGCGGUUCGGCUGAACGGCUCAUACAACAUAACAGCGUACUGGACCUUCACCAACAUGCCAUUCUUCAUCGACUACAACGUCACCAACUCCGCCGCGGAGCAACAGCUGUACGAGCUGCUGCAGCUGCUGCUCAACGCCCAGGACCAGCUGCAGUUGGUGGACGAGGCAGUAGCCCGCCAGUACGUCGCCACCGUCCAGUACAUCUACCAGGCCCUGCUGGACGCCCGCGCCCGGCUGCAGGCGGCCAGCUACCUGCAGUACUACGUGCAGACGCAGAGCUGGCGGUCCGACGUCAUCCGGUUCGCGCCCGUCUACCUGGACGGCGAGGGCCAGCCGCCCACGCUGCUGCUCGCUAUUUGGGAUACCCGGAUCCGGCUGCUGCGCUGGGCAGCCAGCGCCGGAGGCGUUUUCGGCCAGUGGACGGACGGUCCUGCGUAUCCUGAGGCGCGGCUGGCCUGGAUGGCCGGCCUGAUGCGGGCCGCCGGCACGCGGCACGCGGCCGUCGCCCGCAUGGCGGCGCCACCGGCGUCUGCCGCCGUCCCCGACCAGGUGUACCGCUGGGACGACCCGGUGUUGGAGCAGCUGCACGGGGCCGUCAACUACAUAUUCCUGUACCAUCGAAACGUCCUGGUCCAAUCACAAGCCAUGCCCAGCCAUAAGACGGUGGAUGUGAAGAGCCUGCAGCCGUCCUCCUCGCACGACUGUUUCCUGUUCGUGCACUUCCUGGGUAACGUGUCGCACCUGGCCUGCUACCGGGACGCCCAGACCAAGUUCACCCUCCACCAGGCCAUCGACACGCACGGCGGACGACAGGCGUCCGUGUACUCUGCCGCCGGAGAGGCGUGCGUGGCGGUGGCCAACAGCGGCGCCGGCGGCCGGGUGGACCUCUGGUGCUGGGCGGCGGCCGCGACCCGGCUCACCCUGCGCCAGACCAUCGCCUCGGCGGCCGUCGACGUCAGCACGGCUGUCCUCGACGACCACCUGGUCAUGGCCGUCGUGCGGGAGGCCACGCACAAGUACGACGGCAUCGUCAACACGUACAGGUUCGAGCCGAUCAUCGGCAAGUGGGCGCAUGCGCAGACGGUGCCCGUGCGGGGCGUGCGGUCGGCCCGCCUGCUGGCGCUGCCGUCCGGCGAGCUGAUGCUGACCUGCCUGACGGACGACGGCCGAGCCGUGUACCUGCUGUACCGCGGCGCCGCGUUCAACCUGGCCGGUCUGGCUACGCAGCUGGCGGUGGCCGGCCGGUCGCGGCCCGACAUGUUCGCGCUGCAUACGCACUACCCGGCCGCCGUGUACGCCGGCAAGUUCAUGGGUCAUGAGUGGUAG